AUGACCAAGCCGGUUGCUUCGGGCGCCAUGUCCCCGAGCCGGCGCUUACGCUGGCAUGCUGGCAAGUACCAUCGCCUGGCCCACAAGUCGACGGUGAUCGGCAAGUACGCCGCCAAAGCCGACGUUUUCGGAAAGGCGGACCUGCGCCAACACGCUGCCCAUGUGGCGGCCUGGAUCGCCUACGGCCCGAAGGGCCGAAUUCCAGAGGCCGAUGAGCUCAAGCUCCUGACGAAGUUCAUGGGGAAACUGGGGGGUGGCCCCCUACCUUCUCGCUUGAGGGAGGUCCUGCCAGACGCGCAGAAGGCGCUCCGGUCCGUCCCCCAGGCAUCAGGUCGGGUCGAUGAGGGCUGGAAGCGGGCAGAACACGAGCUCCACAGGAGCCUCCUGAAGUUCCGCUGCUGCCGUCGGCCGGCGGAGGAAGCGUGUGUCGCAAGGGCGAGCAAGGAAGCCGCGCAAGACGUAGACGUAGCUGUGGUGUCGGACAUGUCGGACAAUGACCUGACUGAUGCCCAACGCGACCACGCUUUCGACGACACUGACGCCAGCGAUGCCGGUGAUGACAAUGCCACGAUGCAAGGAGAGGCUGACACUGCGCCGCCUGCGCACGAUCAACAUCUGCAGCUCUUCAGGAAGAUGAACGAGUGGGGAUUCUUGGAUGAAGCCCAGCGGCUGGAGCGGCUUCAGCAAGUGGAGGCCAUGGCAAAGCGCUCGCGAAGGAGCCUCGACCAGGCAGAGCUUGCUGAGGCCAUCAACGUGGUUGUUGCGGCUCUCUCGGCCCCUCGCAGACAGCGGCAGCUUCAAGAAGCUGAACCCGAAGGAGUUGACGACUCUGAAGUCGAAGACAUGCCGCAUUGCCCAAAGGGUGAUCAGCUUAUGGACAUACAACGGAGGCUGCGGUCGUUGCUGAUUGAAGCAUUGCGAACAUGGCGGUUGAGGCGGUUCGACUGUCUUGCCAUUGAGCAUGUCUUGCAGUACGUGCAGGAUAAGAUCAGCAAAUUCGAAGAAAGCGUGGGAGAGAUUCAAGGUGCAGCUGCUGGGAAGGCUUGGGCCGAAAUCAAGCAGGCAGUGGACCAGCUGUUGCAGAGGGCAGUGGAUGGGCAUUCCAUUCCAGAAGCGCGAGGUAGUAAGAGGGUCUUACUCCGCAGCAAGAACGUGGGCAUUGUGAACGGACGACUGGAGCGCCAGAGCGGAGUCCAAGGAAUCUCUUGGAGCCCAAACGCUUUGUGGACACUCUCCUGGCAGGAAGCCGGUAUCCGGCAUCGACAGUGUUUUCCGAUCAAAGGUUUCGUGAAACAAGGCCUCGGCGAGGAGGAGGCUGUCGAGGCCGCCCUACGACAGGCCAAGGACUAUCGCGAGGAGCUCGUUCGCCAGGGCAAGGCGCAGCCGUCCAGACCGAAGAGAAAAGGUUCCCUGGUGAGGGGUGUCGCAUAUGAGGAAUCCAGUGAUUCUUGGAGGGUUCAGCUCUGGGACCCCUACGCUCGGAAGCUGUUUAAUGGCGGCCGGUUCGAGAAGCAGGGCGCGGCGGAGGACAAGGCCCGGGAACUGGCCGAGAAGUUUGGCCGGCCAGCUGAGAGGAAGGUCGUGCCGGUGCAGAAGAUCUCAGAGCUGCCCCGCUUCGCACCUUUGGGCUCACAGAAAGGCAUCAUUUGGAGGGUCAAGGAGCAAUGUUGGUCUGCUGAUGGGAAGUUUCAAGGAGUUCGGCGCACCAUGAGAUUCCGGCCCAGAGAUGGCUCUGAGGCGGAGGUGAAGAAGGCCUGGACUGAGGCGGUGGCGUGGUACCGGGAGCAGGACGAUCAGAAAAGUCAGCCGUACUACCAAGCCCGUAGGCUUGCUGCGGUCUAG